CCGAUUAUUACGUCACAUCCGGCUUGUUGUCAAAAUCGUUAUUAUGAUUUAUAAUUUUGUUCGCAAAGUAUAUUAAAUACGAGAAAUGUGGUUUCUAUACGUAUUGAGUUGGAUCGCGCUUAUAAUUCAAAUUGUCGUAGUUACCCUCUCAAUCGCUGCUGGUUUGUUUUACCUAGCGGAGUUGGUAGAAGAAUAUACAGUACUAACCAGCAAGAUCAUCAAAUACCUUAUUCUGGUUACUUCUUCUGUGUUUGUGGGCUUACUGCUGUUUGAAGAACUGCCUUUGUCAUGCAUAAUUUUUGGACUACUUGGCAAUGUGGCAUUCUUUCUACUGCUGCAGAAUUUCCCAUACUUUGAAAUAUCAUCACCUGGGUUUAUUGGCUCAGUAGUGUCGGUUCUCAUCAACCAUUACCUGGCCUUCUCAUAUUUUACAACAAACUGGCAUCCAUUUUAUGAGGUUUUGGCCUACUUCACCGUCUGUCUGUGGAUUGUGCCAUUUUCAUUCUUCGUCUCAUUGUCGGCCAACGAGAAUGUGUUACCAACAACAGCUGAGAGAACUUACUCUGAAAGCGAAGAAACUGAUGUAGUUUCCAACUAUUUUAGCCGCAAAGGAAAGAAAUACGGACUGCUUUCAUUCUUAAAGAAUGCACAUGGUAGCAUUCUUCCUCAAAGAGUGAAGAAGCAUUUUUAGUCAGUAAUAUUUCAUAAUAGUGGAUUUUAAGGAGAAUAAGCAGUUACAAACAUGUUAAACAUGUUUGUUUUGGAAUUAAUGUGGAGGAGGUCCACUGUGCUUUAGAUUAUGGGAGUUAAACUUACACUAUCAGAAUAUACACUUACACUUCCAGAAAGUAUUUGAAUGUUGAGGAGAAACAUUGGGUUAGAGAUUAUAAUUAUGAAUAGGACAGGGAGUAUAUGCAAUGACAAGCUCUUGUGCAGUAAAUUAAGUUUACAUUUUAUGAUGUUAUAGAAAAUCAUGCCUUUAAUCUGCAAAAAAAAUGUGGAUAUUAUAACUGUACUUGUAUUAAGGUAUUAUGGUUGUAGUAGUUUGACAGAUAUGUGCAAUACAUACUACAUUUUAGGAGAGACGUCGUUUGAGACAAUUGUUAUAUAACUUGCCUUUAAUUAACACGUAGCCUUUUUGUGAAACUUCCUGAUGGAACGUCUUUAGUGGAUGAAUUAGUGAACAAACUGACUAUGUUCAAGUUGUAUUAUAACAAUGCUACUUAACUAUGGAGUAGUAGUCAAGGUCUAUUAAAUGAAAGAUGUAUUACUCUUGAUUGAAUUUUACAUAUUGUAAUAUUAUUAUGAUAAAGCACAUAGGUGGUCAUUUCAUUUUGUAUUUUUGCCACAAGUUUGAAGUAAUUGUAUUCCUAUUGCUGCUAGUACUAAAUAAUGCACGAACAAAGAUAAAUAGAGGAUAUUUGUCGGAGUCGAUGUAAUAUCGAUUUUAUUUCACGCGUGAUCAUAUAAAGUUAUAUGCGCCACUCAUAAAAAUAUGUAUUUUUUAUGAGCACGCGUGAAAUAAAAUCGAUAUUCCAUCGAAUCCAACAAAUUUGUUUGUUUUAUGCUUUUUUCACUGUUUAUUUACAUUGCAAAAGAGUUUAACUGGAUAAUUUAACUGGAUUUAUGACGUCAUUUAGUAAAAAAAAAUGAUGUCACUUCACAGUAAAAAGUAUCGUUAUUUUUCACUGUUUAAAACAGUGAAAUAUCAGUUUUAUUUCACUGAUAGUUCUCUAUAAACCACCGGAAAGCAUAAAAUAAAGUUUGUUAUUUUAAUGGUCAUAGUUGAUAACCUAUAAUGUGUUUCAUUUGUAAUGAAAAAAAUAAGCAGCACUUUAUUUAACCACUGUGAAUCUGUGUGUAUUUAUGGAUACUAUUCAUUUGGUAUGAUUUGAAAUUUUAACACAAAGUUGGAGAAGACCUGUUAAAUAUUUUUUUAAACAAACAAGAUUUGGUGUGUGUAAAAAUUUGUAUGCCUGGAAAUGCAUUACAGUCUGAUGUAAAGUUCUUAUUUCAACAAUAGGGCCAUGACAUGUAAUUUAUAUGUUUAAAAAUAUAUAAUAUUUUGAAUGUAUGGGGCUAUUCAGGUUUAUUCUACCAGAUUAUGCAAUUUAAUUAUCUCUCAGACCCCAAAUAUUUUUUCAUAUAUCUGUUUCUUUAUGAUUUCUAUGUUUUCUAAGAAGUGAUUUGACAAUUUAUGAUUGGACAGAAAUUUUAAUCAGAAACACGGAAUGAAUUUUCUUGAAAUUCAGACCCUACGUACAAGAUAACUUUUCUCUGAAUAAAUUUUAUUAUCAUUUUAUCAGGUUAUGUAAGAAAAUGCAUAUAAUUUUAGCAAAACAAAGACUCGUAACAUGUUAUUGAUAUGUAAUGUAUUGUCAAUAGUUUAAUGUAGCAAAAAGUUUCAGACAUAUUAAAUUAUUGUUUCUUAUUAGAAAAGAUAUAUAUGUAGACAAUUCCGGUGCAUGUUUUAAAUGUAAGUAUUUUAUUUGUAUUAUGACUGUAGUGUUGUGCAAAUCUCCAAAUUGUAUGUAUUGAAGAAAUCCGCUAUAUGUGUUAAAUGCUCUUCAUUGGUGCUGUAAUGUUUCCAAACAUAAAUGCUAGAGUGCAGUGUAUUAUCACUCAUAUGAUAUUGACAAAUAAUUGUACAUAUACCGUAUGUCCAUGUCUGCAUGCAUGCUUAAAUGUGCACUUAAAGUAUUACGAGAGACCUAUUGCUUAUCCAUGUGUUUAUUGCAAUAUUAAAAUGGUUUAAAAUAU